AUGAAUCAACCGACAGGUCCCAGGAUCGCUGGCCGCAUGGGCGGCACCAUCCUCCAGGCUUUCCUUCUCCUCUACGCCAUCACCAAUUUCUUUACAUGUAUCCUCAGCGCGAUCACUGCCUGCCAGUACUUAACAAGACGAGACAAUGUCUCCUCUGUCGUGCUAAGCCGGAUGAACAGGAGCAAAAUUUUCCUGACCGCAAAUGACCUCAGACACGAGGGUUUCUCACUUAAUGAGUCUGAUGCCAUCACCUUCUAUCCGCGCAGACUUUUGAGGGACUCGAGACUACCCUACCUGCUCCUCGCUGCUGUGGCCGGGGUCACGUGGAUCAUCGCCUCCAUCACCCUUCUGUUCCUCUUCACCAAGAUUCGACACUUCAACCACCGCGCUGCCCGCUACGUCUUCAGGGUUAUAGGCGUGGCAACCUUCGUAUUCUUGGUCAUCUUCUACCUCACCUGGGCCAAUACUUUGAACUUUAACUUCCCCUUCACUUUUGGUUGGCGUCUAGGCAAGGCAACAGUCAUUGUUGCACACAUUAACCUGCUGCUCGGCUUCUUUAUCACUUUGCUGGCUGCUGUUCUGGACACGCCGAAAGACUGGGCGGAGCCUCCGCCUACUGGCCCCAAUAGUCGCCGAACUAGCCAGGGAUAA